ACCGUUUUGGAGACUCGGUUGCCAAAGAAGAAAAAAAAAAAAAAAGGGUGACACCUAUUACUACAAUAUAGGGGUGACACUGACAAACAGCAGACAACACUGUACUGUCUGAUCUGGAUCUGUCUAUUGUCUAACUUUAACUGAUACUGAUUUGAUACUGAUACUGAUACUAUCUCGUCGGAAUGCCAUUGCCGGACGGAAAGGAAUGAAAACUUCAGAGAUUUUAUAGUAGAGAUAGUAAGUGAAAGAUAUCAUAUUGUACAAAGAUUACAAUAUAAUAAAUAAAUUGAAAAAAGAAGAAUUCGUUUAAUCAAAUCAAUAUGUUUAUUAGGAAACCAUAUCAAGUAUUCUUAGCAAGUUCACUACGAUCAAUUAAUUAUGCAACUAAAAGCCCUAAACCGGAAAUACCAAAGAAUCCAUUAGCAUCUGUAUAUUCUGCUACAAAUCAGAAGGAUAAUGGUGUAGUAUAUGACAAAAAACCAUUCAAGCUGACUCUAGAGGCAGGCAAGACAUACCACUGGUGCUUAUGUGGGCGCUCUAAGUCUCAACCAUUAUGUGAUGGGACCCACAAGGAUAUCUAUCUUAAGAUCUCUCAGAGGCCCGUCAGGUUCACUGUGGAAAAAACUAAAGAUUACUGGCUGUGCAACUGUAAACAAACAAAAAAUCGACCGUUCUGUGAUGGAGCACACAAACAAAAGGAUGUCCAGGAGGCUGGUACAGUCAGACUGUAAACUGACAAUCAAGCAUAAAGUAGUUGUUAUAUUGUCAAAUUCGUUAAUUGAUCUAGCAAAUUAAUUUAGCUCCCAGUUGUUUUUUGCUAAUAAUUUAAGUAAUAAAUCAAAGUUUUUGAACAACCUGA